AAUCCAAUCCGCCAGCGCCCUCGAGGCGCUUAUAUGCGCGGCAGCGCUCGGCUCUCAGUGAACUUGUCUUCCAUUUCCACUUCGGUGCGUAGAAGCCCAAGUUUCCCCAGAGCACUCGGGAGCAACCCCUCACCAGAUUCGGAGGCUGAGCGCACGAGCAGUGGUGCUCUUGGUCUCUCAAGUCUGUGGAGUGGGCCAAUCUCGGUGUGGAGGUCAGGUCAGCGAUUCGCCGGUGCUUCGUCAGAUCCGAGCACGCCAGGCACGAAACCAAUCCAAACGAAUCGAAAUCAAAGCAAAGGAAAGGAGCAGUCGUCCGGUCUCUCGAUCACACGAGGGAUUUGAAGCAGGCCGAAUUUUCGGCCGCCGUGCUCGCGCCAGAGCAAUAGGUCUAUCGACGCUCCGACACUGCCGGUCCUCGGGAGCAACUAUAGGUCUAUCAGUGCACUUGCAGUGGCAGGAUUCUGCCAAAGUGCACGAGGAGGUGGGCGAGACGAGAUCCGCGCGCCAGGAUGUGGGGCAAGUACUGCUUCGUUCUGCUCCUCUGGCUCCUGGGAACCGCUCUGGUUCGGAGCUUCAACCAGGACCUCGAAGAAUAAAACCAAUGGCAAUUAGGAUUCCCAGGCAAAGGAAGCCUCGGCCCAAACUCUGUCGACAUCAUGCGGCUCGGGCUGCUGCGGUGCCGCUGCUGACCGCGCGCGCCGGCCGACGGGCCAGACGGGCUCGAUCAUGAUCAUUUCUGGACGAGAAUCGACGCAAUUCGGGCUUUCUCCGCGCAAAUCUGAGCUGAUGAUGAUCUGAGAGCCCCCGGCGAGCGAAGUUUGGCUGUGGCUCCACUUGAAGGAAGGGUCCCCCCCAUCGAUCACGCGAGCGGCGAGCUCCAUCCAUGGCCUCGCCCCCAUCUCCGCCUCUCCCGGUCCUCCUCUGUCACAUUUUCGAGGGCGGCAGGCGCAACUUCGCCUCGAGCUUCGACUCGUCGAUGCAAAACGCAAACAAGCUGCUCGUCGCCUUCGCGCGCAAUGUGCAGACGCUGAAGACCGGCCAUGCCGAUCUUCAAAGCGCUCGGCCGUCCUCCUCCAUCCCUUCGUCGUCGUCGUCGCCAUCCAUGGCCGAGCCAUCUGCCCAUGCUCGUGCUGAAUCCGAAGGGGCGCCCGGAGGAGGGCCCGAUUUCAGUGCCAGUGCCAGUGCCAGUGCCAAUGUUAAUGCUAAUGUCAAUGCCAAUGCCAGCGCCCUGAUGCUGAAGACGUGGGGCAGGGGCAGGAUCGGAGCCUCGCGGCAAUGGAAGCCCGCCUCGGCCUCGUCCAUCUCCCUGAGCUCCAGCGGUGGCAUCUCCGAGCCCGCAUCUGCCCGAGAGGAGGAGGAGGAGGAGGAGGAGGAGGGGGAGGUGAUGGCGUCUCCGCAUUUCGACCUGUCCACCGUGAGCGCCACGUCCGUCUUCGACAUCGGAUCGGUCGGGUCUCCUCUGCUGGCCGGCCCCGAAAUUGCCACGGGCAAAUCCAGCGAUUCGGUCGACGACGAUGCUGCUGCUGCUGCGGUGGUGGAGAUGGCUUACGGGCGAGAGAAUGCGACGCCACCACUGAAUGCCCCGCGAGCACCACCAGCGCCAGCGCCAUCGCCAUCGCCAUCGCCGCUGGUGGAUAUAGACGACGUACGAAAAUUCGUCGGCAAUGCAAUUAUAGCUUGCAGAAAGGUGCGAGCUCUGGGAUUACGAGAAAGCUCGUGGGAGAACAAGAUGCCAUGGCGACAACCCCGGCCGCGAUAUCUAGCGAAAGGGCUCCAGCGGCCCCCCGAAGAGUUCUCUUCGGAGACUCAGAAACACGAGUACUACAGACGAGCGAGAAGGCGAGGGCGCUACCUCAUCGGACCGACGCCCACUUGGUCCUUCAUCGUUGCAGAUCUCGCUCUGCUGUACUUCCUCAUCGACAACCCUGCAGGCAAAUUCCUUUUGUGAGCGAGCGUCACUGAUCCAGACGAUCCUUGCGCUGCGAACGAUGUUCCCAUCCUUUGUAAGUGCGCUCGCUUAGACCUGUCGUUGAGAGACCGAGAAAUGGCACGACCUGUACAAUCGACACUCAUUUCGUCUUUAGACUAGCCAUUUGUACACUUAAAGUUCCCCCGGGGUGUUAGACCAUGGACCAUAGACACAUGGAUAUUUAUUCACUUAGGCAUCUCCCAUCGUAAAUGCCUUUUUUUGUAAAUCGAUAGAGCCCGUCCCUUGAGAUACUGGAUGCGUGACUAGACGCAUCCUUGUGAAUUAGAGGCUUCUGCUCAGGCCUUAAAACUUCCAGUCGAGCGCUUACCUCCGCUGUCGCUCUGUGGAUACGCCUCUGCUCAAAACUGGUACAUUUCAACUGAGUAAGCAGCGGACAGUUUUCUCUCACUUUUUCUCCCUUUUAUCUUCUUAUUAUUUUGGGCUGUUCUCCUUCUACAAGGGUUUUAGAGUUUCUGUCACGAUGUGAGUAGUAUGCAGAUUGUUCCUGAGAGGAAACCGGUUGAUAGUCGAAGCUUUGGCUUUGGAGUCGUGCCGUGUGGCGGUGCGACUCUCCGAGUCGACUGAAGCUCUGGAGAUGGAAGUGCGAGUUCGGGAGGAGAGCUCUAACAGCCGGCGGGGUCGAAUUCGUCCCGUCUGUUUGGAUCUGGUGGAUCGACCUGUGAGAUAUGAUGAUGGAUUUGUUAGAGUCUUUUGUGUAGUAAACGAUACUGAAGCGUGAAGUAGGCACUGUUUCCAUGUUUUUACUAUUUUGAAAGCUGGGCUUUGCUUUCGACUUUUCCUCGGGCCAGUCAUUGUAUCUAUUGUGAGUAGAGCUGUAUCUGUCCAUUGUAGAAAUUCAGAAACCUGUCUCCUGCCAAGUUUUGGGAGGCCCCUUGUACAUUUUUGUACACAACACGACAUUCCUCUGUGCAAGGGAUAUGCCUGCACAGGCUUGUAACAUUACUUAUGCAAUGUCAAGAUCAUGUGUAGUAAAAAAUUCGGGCGUUGUUGCAACGUCGUCGGUGAAUUGUUUAAUACUGUCUUGUCUACGAGUUCCUUUGCAUAUCACACGCGGAGACAGAGUUGAGACAGAAAAUGGUUGUGUACGUCGAGUUGCAUGAUGGGAAAAUGUCAAUUACCAGG